AUGGCACCUAAAGAUAUAGAAUAUAUAGAAAUAGCUCAUCGAAGAGCUGCAGAAAAGAAAACUCAUGUUAGUUUCCCGCAAUUAAAAUAUCCUUCACUCAGAGAUGAAGGGUUAAGACAUCCUGUGCAAUGGUUGGAAGGAAAGGCUAUGGACGACGGAGCGGAAGGCUUAUGGAGAGUAUAUGAUGGAUUAUACGAUCUCACCGAAUUUUUGAAUAAACAUCCUGGUGGCGCAGAGUGGUUGGAGUUAUCCAAGGGCACAGACAUUACUGAAGCGUUUGAGACUCAUCAUCUAACAUCUGUUGCCGUAAAAAUUUUGGAAAAGUACUAUGUCCGAGAUGCUAAAACACCAAGGAACUCUCCCUUUACAUUCGAAGAAGAUGGUUUUUACAAAACUUUAAAGCGAGAAGUAUUAGAAGUGCUUAAGACGAUUCCAGCGCAUGAAUCAAAAAGAACUGAUUUCAUUAUUGACAGUUUAUUUGUGAUUACUCUCGUAACAUCCGUUUUAUCAUUAAUAUUUACAAAUUACUGGUUUGUGAUGGCAUCAUAUCUUAUAGCGUCUGUAUGUUUAGCAUGGACCGCGGUUGCUUCACAUAAUUACCUUCACAGGAGAACGAACUGGAGAAUGUAUCUAUUCAAUUUAACCCUAUGGUCUUACAGGGACUUUCGGGUUUCUCAUGCACUUUCGCAUCAUCUCUAUCCUAAUACUCUUAUGGAUUUAGAAGUUAGUGGACUUGAACCUUUUGUAUUAUGGAACCCAAGGAAGAAACCUUCAUAUGCUAAACUUGCACUUCUCAUUGAACUUGCACUUUUCCCCUUUUUAUUUAUACUAGCUUUCUUAAAGAGAUUUUCUUUGAACUUUACAUCUAAAGGAUUUUUCAAAAAUCACUACAAAUGGCACGAUGGUAUCGGAUUACUUCUACCGUUGUGGAUGUACAUUGCCAGUGGUGCUCCUCUGUUUGAGGUGUUAAAAAUGUGGCUCUGGAUUGACUGCACUGCUAGCUUAACUUUCUACAGUAUUGGGUCUAAUGCAGCUCACCAUCAUCCUCAAAUAUUUAAAGAUGGCGACCAAGUCAAGAGCAGUACUGUGGACUGGGGCAUGCACGAGCUCGAAGCUGUGAUGGAUCGUACCGAUAUUAAUGGGAACUUCUUUAAAGUAAUGACGUUCUUCGGCGACCACGCAUUGCACCAUCUCUUCCCCACUGUAGACCAUGCCAUGCUGAGUCAUUUGUAUCCCGUGUUUUUAAAGAACUGUGAAAAAUUCAAAGCUAACUUCAGAAUGACAUCUUCUAUAGAUCUUUUCAUCGGUCAACUAAAAGCAUCUGUGAAAGUUGACCCCAAUUUGUUGGAGGAACAAAACUGA